GUUUCUCAGCUACUCCGGCCAAGUCCAACCCACCCGAACCCUGUUAUCCCCCUCGGUCUCAUCGAAAAACCCCUCCCCUCUUCCUAUUACUCUCCGCCCCUCCGCUCCAAAAUCACCACCUUGUUGUUGCAGGCAGCGACAGCACACGCGUUCCUUGUGCUCUCAGAUCCCUCCUCCGUGCACGCAUUCCGCACUCCCCGAGGCAAAGGCUAGUACUGCGGAAGAUGGCACCUUUUGCAACUGCCGGUGUGCAGAUGAUGGCUCUGCGCCCCGCCAUCUCGGCCUCCCAAAGGAUGCUUACCUCGAGGGCAGCCGUCUCACGGGUCGAUCUGGCGCUCAGCACUAGUAGCUUUGCGAGCUGUCCCAGAAUCUCCAGCUCCAGGCCUCUUAGUUCUUCCAAGCGCAGUGGUGUUUCCGUGAGAGCAAUGUCUGGAGCAAGCAGCUCUCAAGGGCUACCCAUUGAUCUUAGAGGUAAAAGAGCAUUUAUUGCUGGAGUUGCUGAUGAUAAUGGCUAUGGCUGGGCCAUUGCAAAGGCUCUUGCUGCAGCUGGUGCUGAAAUUCUUGUUGGUACAUGGGUGCCGGCACUUAACAUAUUCGAGACAAGCCUGAGGCGUGGAAAGUUUGACGAAUCACGGAAGCUGCCUGAUGGAUCUCUUAUGGAGAUUGUUAAAGUUUAUCCACUUGAUGCUGUCUAUGAUUCCCCCGAUGAUGUUCCUGAAGAUGUCAAAGCAAACAAAAGGUACGCAGGGUCCUCAAAGUGGACUGUGAAGGAAGUUGCUGAAUCAGUCAAGCAAGAUUUUGGCAGCAUUGACAUACUUGUGCAUUCUCUUGCUAAUGGUCCUGAGGUUACAAAACCUUUGCUGGAGACCUCAAGAAGUGGAUAUCUUGCUGCAAUUUCAGCAUCCAGUUACUCCUUUGUUUCUUUGCUUCAGCACUUUCUCCCUAUUAUGAAUUCAGGUGGUGCUAGUAUCUCGCUAACAUACAUUGCAUCUGAAAGGACAAUUCCCGGAUAUGGUGGUGGUAUGAGUUCAGCUAAAGCAGCUCUCGAGAGUGAUACAAGAGUACUUGCUUUUGAAGCUGGACACAAAGGCAAAGUCAGAGUUAACACCAUAUCUGCAGGUCCUUUGGGAAGCAGAGCCGCUAAGGCGAUUGGAUUCAUUGAGAAGAUGAUCGAGUACUCUUAUGUUAAUGCACCAUUGCAGAAGGAACUUUUGGCAGAUGAAGUUGGGAACGUAGCAGCAUUCCUGGUGUCUCCUUUGGCUUCGGCUAUCACUGGCUCGACUGUUUAUGUCGACAACGGACUUAAUACCAUGGGGCUUGCGGUUGACAGCCCUACGGUAUCGUCUUAGACAUUAUUUUGGUAGAGGUAUACAUUUUCCAGUGAGGCUUGAUUCUCUAAUAAAGAGCUUAGUUAGCCUAAGAGCUGAGGGGCAGGGAAAAGAAAGAAGGAUCUGGCUGUUGAAAUGAUUUUGAGCAGUCUAGUGACCUCUUUGGCCCAUUUCUAAUAUUGUAUCUUGAAUCUUGGUGAUACUCUGUUUAGUGUGGCUGAUUAGUUGAUAUACUGUGGCAGUGGUACAUUGGAAUUCAGAAAUCAUUUGCAAGAAAUAAACUCCUAAUGUUUGACGGUCA